GUGUGGCCCAAUUUGGGACAACAAUGACGUUAAGUUGUGGCUCAAGCGCCACUCUAGAGGCCGUGUCCGCCGCUGAACCACAGCUUAACAAAUGGUAUCAAUUAUUUGUAUACCAGAACCGAGAGGUGACACUAGACAUGGCUCGUCGGGCACAGGCAGCCGGCUAUAGCGCACUCGUACUUACCGUAGACUUUCCCGCAAUUGGUUUACGGUAUCAUAACAUUAAAAACAAUUACCAUCCGUCUGGCGAAGACCAGGCCAAUUACUGGCCCUAUGGCACCGAUACGGCUAUAGCAAAUAAUGCCACCUGGGCUGACAUUACUUGGCUCAAGAGUCAGGUGCGCAUACCGUUGGUUAUUAAGGGUAUACUGACGGCAGAGGACGCACGGCUGGCGGUGGACAGUGGGGCCGACGCUAUACUGGUGUCCAAUCACGGCGGCCGGCAGUUGGACGACGCGCCGGCCACUUUAGAGGCGUUGCCUGAGAUCGUGGCAGAGGUGGGCCGCGAGUGUGAGGUCUAUCUGGACGGCGGUGUCCGCAGCGGUACCGAUGUGUUCAAAGCCCUGGCAUUGGGCGCGCGGGCGGUGUUUGUGGGCCGACCCGUGUGUUGGGGUCUCGUCCAUAGUGGUUCAGAGGGAGUGAAGAGUGUAUUAGAGAUUUUAUAUACAGAAUUGGAUAACAUUAUGACAAUCACUGGCUGUUCGACCGUCGCAUCCAUUACUCCAUCACAUGUUAGAUGUGUUGACGAUUACACACAGGCUUUGCAUGCAUUUAAUGAAAAAUAAAUUUAGUU